CUACUUUAUGACCACACACACCACACACUCACACACACACACACUCAGUGCUCUGGAGCUGUCCGCGCUGUCUCCGCCUCGCGCGGUUUAGCUGCUUUGUUUCACGGAGCAAAACGUCUGAGGUAAAAAAUGGACAAAUAAAGAUGAACUUUGACCUUCCAACAUCAGACAUACGUCAAAGCCUCUGAUCGAUAUCCUCCGUGCUGCCCCGGCAUCUGCCCCAUGACCAUGGAAACGGUGGUGAUUGUGGCUAUUGGAGUGCUGGCCACUAUUUUCCUAGCCUCAUUUGUGGCGUUGGUGGUGGUUUGUCGCCAUCGCUACUGCCACCCUCCUGACCUGCUGCAUCACCCAGAAUCCAAGCCUACUGUGGAUCUGAUUGGAGCAAUGGAGACUCAGAGCGAGCCAUCAGAGCUGGAGCUGGACGACGUGGUCAUUACAAACCCGCACAUAGAGGCCAUACUGGAAAACGAGGAGUGGAUCGAGGAUGCAUCGGGUUUAGUGUCUCAUUGUAUCUCCAUUCUGAAGAUAUGCCACACACUUACAGAGAAACUCGUUGCCAUGACGAUGGGCUCCGGAGCAAAGGUGAAAGCCCCGGCCAGCCUGAGUGACAUCAUCACGGUGGCCAAACGCAUAAGUCCAAGGGUAGAUGACGUUGUUCGGUCAAUGUACCCACCGCUGGACCCCAUCCUCCUUGAUGCCAGAGCCACCGCCCUGCUGCUGUCAGUCAGUCACUUGGUGCUGGUGACGCGGAACGCCUGUCACAUGUCCGGCAGCAUGGACUGGAUCGACCAAUCGCUGAACGCUGCAGAGGAUCAUAUGGUGGUGCUGAGGGAGGCAGCCUUAGCUUCAGAGCCCAUGAGAAGUCUUCCAGAACGAGAGCAGUCAAUAUGAGUCACAGACACACAUCCACACAAAAAUACUAUGGUCAAAAGUAUUGAGACACCUAGACGUUAUACUGACAUGAGUGUUUUUUGAGAUCUUAUUCUAAGUCUUUAAUCAUUAGUCUGGAGUUGGCCUCCUCUUUGCUAUAACAGCUCUAACAGCAGGUCUGGAACUUUGUAGCUGUCGAAUAAAUGGGCGUUGGGGACUUCAUAAUAUGCAUAAUAUGGCACUCAGCAUUGGCAUCUUAUUAUAGUGCCACGUUGUAUGCAUCUGUGGCAAUGGAAAUAAAUGAAAAGCCUUAUCAGUUAAUUGAAUAAGAGGUGUGUCCCAAUACUUUUGUCCAUGUAUAAAUACACAGUAAACAUUUUCACAUAAAGAGCAAUAACUUAGAGCUGGGCGAUAAUGAUAAAAUUCAAUAUUAUGAAAUCAGUGUCAGGUGAUAUUUUUUAUCAUUAAUAAAGUUAGCAAGCUGCUACUUAUAAAGUUAAUUACUGCUACUCUAUGCCAAAUUAAUAUAUUGCCUUAGCUUGUUUUGAUUUGGCAAAAUAGAAUAGAAAUAAUUAAAUAAAAACAAACCACUAACUCUAGGACUUUAAGGAAUAGACACAAUAUUCAUCACAUCAAAUAAACUGUCGACAAUAUCACUAACGAUGUAAAUCACCACUAUACCAAUAUAAUCAGAAUAUUGCCCAACCCCAUACAUAUUCAUAUUCUUUGUAAAAACACUUUUUCUUCUUCUCAAAUAAUCAUUUCUUUGUUUAAUCUGUUACAUUCUGUAAGAUAGUUACAAUCACAUUGUUUAGUUUCACUCACAUCAGCCAUUAGGGUGAAUAAGCUGAAACAAUCAAAGACUUGUGUACAAUCCUUAUUUUGCACAUCUGAUUCAGAUAAAUAUGUAUCUAUUCAAGUGAAUUUGUAUUUUAGCAAGCAGGCCAAAGGUCACUAUUAGCCCUUUUCAACCAAUAGAACUCUGGUUUAGGAACUGGUUCUGUUCAUGCUUGUAAAAAUCUUGGAUCUUCUUGAUGCCAUAGUAGAAAUACUCACACACCUCUAUUACACGCUUCUGUAACUUUGCUCAAAGAAUUCCCUGUAGCACUUUUAUUUUUUAAAUGUUGUUUGACUAAGUAGCAGAUCCUUGUAAUUUAACCAGAAAAUGGGUGUGGCUUAAGGCAGAAAUAAUUAAGUGUGGUUAUGGAAAUAGGUGAAUUUACUGCCCACAAUGCAUAGACGUUUAAGUAAGAAGCGCUGAAUAAUUGAUAUGCUUGUUAAAAAAAUAUUAGACAUAACUUCAGUGAAAUUCAAAAGCAACAAUUCAGACAAUCACUCAUCCACACACUUUCACAUUCCUUUCUCUGUGGCCCGUAAUCUUGAUCCUGAGUCACAUGAAGGUUAAAUCCACUCUAAUUCUCACACUUGACCACACAACCACACACAACACAGAGCACAAAUAUAACAAGUUCUUAAAGCAAUACUACCAUAUUUUUACAGUUUUAUCUGCCGCAUGAAAUUUAGCAUACAAUCAACCACAGUAACAAAUUUAGAUUUUUUUAGAUUAGAUUUGAUUACCAAUAAGAGCCUGGAGACACAUAGUAGAAGUCAGUGGGCAUAUAGAAGUUGCAGCAUAUAGGACCACACUCCCACUAGCUUCAGUUAUAACAGCAAUAAUUGAGUAACUACAUUUAAACACUUAGUUACAGGAUUGUCGGUCCAGUAUACUCUACAGUAGGAGCCAAUGACUGUGGAAAAGUAUGGGAGCUGUGGUUACAUUCCCUUCUUUUCUAUAGAGAUAAAGGCAAAAAAAUUCCACCAUGUUGGAAAAUUUGCAAUCUGUGCAGUACAGACCAGACCUACCCACGCAAAUGAUAGACCCACCCCCCUUCUUUUAGGCCAAGUGUGUGUCUCAGACUGCCUUCACUGAGUUUACAGCACACUCUAAGGACCAGAAGCAAAGCAGAUUUUCCACUAUAUACCCAAUAUCUGUUUGCUGCUAAGACUAAACAAAACACUGUGCAUUUAAAAGUGCCUUGUGUCUGCACGGCUCAGACACUCCCACCCGUAACACAAAACACAAAUAUGUAGAUUGCAUAACUAUGCCAAGUAUUAUUGGCUUCAUGUGAUAUAUGGCUUAUAAUUCAUUAUAAAGCUGAUUUCACUGCAAACAUUCAAUUGAUUUUAUUUGACCAAGUUUGUGAUGUGUCCAAAACCUGAAAACUGAAAACUCAGUUUUCCUUCCUCCUUUUCUUUUUGUUUGCUCCAUUUUUAUGUGUAUAGUCUUUAUCUUUGAUUUACUAUGGCUUCUUUUUAUUUUAUCUGCAACAACAUAAUUUACACAGUUGCUGUGUUCAUGGAAUAUAUUGUUGAUGUCAUGCAAAAACCUUAUAUCCACAUUUUUGUUACAAUGUGUAUCUGACCAGUUGUGUUUUUAUAAAGUUGUUUCAAUUGAAUGGACCAAUAGAAAUACUUGUAAAUCACAAGGAAAAUGCUUUUACAUAAAUGUCCAUUUAGAAAGCAGACUUCUGCUGAAUAGUUGCUAUUCUGAAGAUGAAAGGUUUUUGCAGGACAGCAACAAUAUAGCAUUAUAUAUUAUUUAUAUGGACAAAAGUAUUGGAACACCUACACAAUACACCUACAGGAGCUCACAGUCUAGCAUGUACCUUAACUCAAUAAGCAUGAUAAUGGAGUUGGUCCUCACUUUGCUAUGAUCUAUGAAACAGCAGGUUUUGACUCAUUGAGUGAGGUUAUUGAAUCAGCAGACCAUUGACGGCCAUUGUGGUUCUGUGGUAAUCAGCAUUUGGAUACCCUGGUCUGUAAUUUACAUGGUCAGACACUUUGGCCCAAUCCCAUUUCACCCCUUGGCCCUACCACUAAGCCCUACUCCUCCGUUUUGCAUAUGUAGGGGUAGGGUGUUCCAAUCCUUGUUAGGCUCUACAGGUAGUGUUAGUGCUACAUGAUCAUUCAAACAGAGAUUUAAAUCCACAAAUUAAGUAUUUUUUCUUGUUAAAAAUGACGAAAACCACUAUAUUACCAAAGUUUAUAGUGUAGUUUCAAUGUUUUAAGACCAUUUUCUUCAUAACAGGCAUAACAAUCGCUAGUAGUUCUCUAGCUAACUUUCCUGUUCCACCUUAAAUGAUGCAACAGACAGCAGAGGCUUUAGCAUUGUAGAACAGAAACAAAAGUUCAAAAAAACUAAUUUCAGCUUCCCAUCACAUAGGAAUUAGUGAAUGGAUGAUAAUAGGUAAUUGCUCAAAAACAAGAAAUGGGAUUGGGCCUUUGUUUCUGAGUUUCCUAAAUCCUUACAAAUCUUUUCAAUAAUACCACUCACUCACAGCUAAAGGUGGACCAUCUAGAAGGGGAAAUUUUAUCAGCUUGCAAAAGUAGCAUGGUAUUACCAUGCUGGAAUUAUCGCUCAAAUAUGGCUUGGAUACAAUAAUCAGAAAUCUGAUUUUAUGUGGUUUCUAGCUGUCCAGACUAUCAUAAAUCAGAUUAUAUUUAAUAAAUUAAAUUUGCACUGGCAAUCUGAAUAUUCUGAGCCUUAGAACAACCAAUCAUUUUACUAAUAUUUGUUUUUUGUGAUUAAGGAGGUUAGGUGCUCAGUGUUAUUUAUACACCUGUAGCAGUAAGACUGAAAGAAACAACUUAACUCCUGAGUGUCCCAAUACUUUAGUCUAUAUAGCGUCCAAAUAAUAGAGAUGAAAUACAUGUUUAAACAGAUGUGUGUUGCUGUUCCCUUUCUGAUUCACUGCUUGUUGUUCUUUCUUUUUCACAUGUACAGCUAAAUUAAAGUUUCGUAGAGAAAUGA